UUGAACAAGAAAAGCUUGCAAUAAAAACUCCUAAAUUCUCAAUGCUAAAGCAAAAGAUAUUCAAUCGUAAAUCAUCACUAGGAAGAGAUAACACCCCGCUGAAGAUAACUGAAGAAAAUAAAAGAUUUUCUCUUCCUCCCCCUCCCAAAGCUUCCGAUCCUGAUAUCCAAUUGAUUUGCAAGAAAUUUUCAACUAGGCUAUCAGACAAGAACAAAAAGGCAAUCCGUCAAAAACUACUAGAAGCCAAAAAGUCUUUAUACAAAAUCAUAAAACAAUGCUUCCAAUACCACCAAGAAGACGACAUAAACUUCACCUCAAAAUACAACUACCGGCUCUUCUUAGAGCACUACUAUCAGAAGAAGUUCGCAGAGAUGGUUGAGACAAUUAAAUAAAAUGGAGAAUACAUAUCCAAAGUUGGCUAAAAGAUAUUUUGAUUACUCCUUUUUGCAGGAGAAUGAGAGUUUAGUUCAAGCAAAUGAGAUCAUAAAGGAGUAUAAAUCUGGAUUAGCAGAUCCUUGUAGAUACGUAGCCUAUCACGAGAGGACCCUCUCCACAAAGGCAGGAAGACUCAACAAAAGAAGGCAGUAA